AUGCUUCCUUCCCUUCCAGUUUUGGUUCUUGGCAUUCUGCUAACCCGGGCCUUGGGCCAGCCGUCCCAAUUUCAAGAACACGACCAUCUUCAGUCUCUGGGUUUAGACAUGGCUCCUUCACCCCGGAAGUUCCAAUCUUUGCCUUAUAUCUUGAGGAAAGUCUUCCAGGAUCGAGAAGCAGCAGAAACUGCUGGGGUUUCCCAAGACUUAUGCUACGUAAAGGAGCUGGGUGUCCGUGGGAAUGUACUCCGACUCAUCCCAGAUCAAGGUUUCUUUCUUUUCUCCAAGAAACUUCCCCAAGCCUCCAAUUGUCUACAGAAGCACCUUUACUUUAACCUAUCUACCAUCAAAGAAAAGGAGCAGUUGACAAUGGUCCAGCUGAACCUAGACUUGGGGCCCAACACUUACUACAGCCUGGGCCCAGAAUUGGAAUUGGCUCUGUCUCUGGUUCAGGAGGCUCAUGUUGGGGACGUGGCCCUCCCUACAACAGGUAAAAUGUUUGCAUUGCAAUCUGUGCCAUGGCCCCAAGGUGCCCUUCAAUUCGACCUGCUGCAUGUGGUUAAGGAAUGGAAUAACAACUCCCAGAAGAACUUGAGUUUGUUCUUGGAAAUCCUAGUCAAAGGGCACAGAGACAUGGAGGGAGACUUCCAGCUUGAGGACACCUGUGCCCGACUGAGACGUCUCCUUCAUGUUUCCCUACUGGUGGUGACCCUCAACACUGAACAGUGCCAUUCAUCCUCCCGAAAAAGGAGGUCAGCCAUCCCUGAUCCGAAGGCUCCUUGCAAGAACCUCUGCCAUCGACACCAGCUGUUCAUCAACUUCCGGGACUUGGGUUGGCAUAAAUGGAUCAUUGCCCCCAAGGGCUUCAUGGCAAACUACUGUCAUGGAGCAUGUCCUUUCUCAUUGACCACCUCUCUCAAUAGCUCCAAUUAUGCUUUCAUACAAGCUUUGAUGAGUGUAACUGACCCUGAGGUCCCUCAAGCUGUCUGUAUCCCCACUAAGCUGUCCCCCAUUUCCAUGCUCUAUCAUGACAAUGAUAAAAAUGUCAUUCUACGACAUCAUGAGGACAUGGUAGUUGAUGAGUGUGGGUGUGGGUAG